GUACAUGACUGGGGAGAUUUACUAAAACUGGUGCAGCUGUGCAUGCUUUGACUAUAAUGCAGGCCAUAGAUGGGUCGAAAAUCGGCCGAUUUUUCGGCCGAAAAUCAAAUCGGCCGAUUUUUCGUAUCAUUAGUGGGCGAUUUGGUCGGCCGUUUUUUUCGGUAUUUUGGCCGUUUUUUUUUUUUUUUUUUUUUUUCUGUAAAGUUGGAAAAAAAAUCGGCCGAUUUUGCCGAUCGGACGACGAUUUUCGCAGCAAUAAUGGGCAAAUCGGCCGAUUUUUUUACCGAUAAAAAAUCUGCACAUGAGCAGUGA